AUGUUCCUCAACACAUGCAUAGCAGCUUUAGUGCGUAAACUUAAAUUGAAAUCUUUGAGGAAAACUGAUGGAAGAUAUCAAAUAAUAAAAGAAGCACUAAGUGCAAUAAAAGUCGUCAAAAUGAACCUUUGGGAAGACAAUUAUGAAAAGAAAAUUACUAAAAUCAGAAAUGAAGAAAUUCAUCUUAUACGCAACAUCAAUAUAUUGUUAUUUCUAAAACUGAUACUUUCUGAAACAUUUCACAACGCGUCGUGGUACAUAGUUGUAGCAAUAUCCAUAUGGUUCAACAUCCAUUCAACUGCCGGAACAUUAUUUCUUAUAAUACAGAGUCUAAAUAUUGUUUCAUUUGGCAUGAGAGUCAAUUUUCCAGCUGCGAUACAUGAAAUAGCUACUUUAAUUGCCGUAUUUAAGCGAAUUGGACAAACACUUCGAAUUCAGAGUGAUGAAUCAUUCGUGGAAGAUAAUAAGCUUUCACCAAGAAUUCAGAUGAAUUUACAAAUUCAAACUGCAGAUAACGACACACUAAUAAAUUUGAACAAGUGUAACAUUGCAAGAGGAAUAACAGCAAUAACAGGACCUAUUGGCAGUGGCAAAAGUCUUCUGCUGAAAGUCCUCACAAAAGAAUACAAAAAUGUGAAAGGCGACUUAGAACUCGCCGGUAGCAUUUCUUACGCAUCACAAGAACCUUGGCUUUUUCCAUCGACCAUCAAACAGAACAUCUUAUUUGGAAGUGAUUACGACGAAAAUCGUUACUUAGAAGUUUUACGAGUUUGUGCUCUACUUGAAGAUCUACUUUCUUUAAGCGAUGGUGAUUCUGCACUUGUAACUAACGGAGGAGCUAAUCUAAGUAAAGGACAACAAGCUAGAAUAAAUUUAGCGCGGGCUGUUUAUAAAGAACGUGACAUAUAUUUAUUAGAUGAUUGCCUGGCUAGCUUGGAUGCAAUUGUUGCAGAUUUUGUAUUUGAGGAGUGCAUUAAAAAAUUUUUGAAAGACAAAAUAGUGAUCUUGGUUACUCCAUCCAUAAAGUACGCCAACAGGUCCGACAACGUCAUAACAAUGAAAAAUGGUAAAAUGCAAAACUCGCACCUCAUCCAGUGUAACACCCCAAAAAGCACUGAAACUAAAAGUAUGAAAUAUAUUGAAAAAGAUAAAGCAAAAAGCGAAAAAGAAGAGUCAACUGGGGAACAAAACUUUGACGAUGAAACCCCACUGAUUAAAAAGAACAUAGAGAUCAAAGAAUUAUACACAGAAACGAAAGUAAAAGGAAAGGUUCAAUUCGAAACGUACAACAAAUAUAUUAAAGCAAAUGGAGGCAUGGUCAAAAUGUUUUCACUUUUACUUCUCGCUGGAAUAAUUCAGUUUUUAAAAAGUUCCAUCAAUCAAAUGGAAUCCGUUUGGUAA